AUGUCGCUGGCUAAAGGUGUGUGGUCUCAGUUUUCAAGGAGGUCUCCUUCUUUGGGGGUCAGUAGUAAGGCGCUGAAGACUGCGUUGCUUAGUCCAGACUUGCCUAAUGGACCGGUCAGCUUCAAGAAGAGAAGCAGUAAAAUCCAAUAUCAGUCUCCCAUCGGAAUGGAACAGGUUUAUCCAUUGGCCUACGAAAUGAUGGAGAAAAGAAGCGAACAGGUUUAUGCCAAAAUCGACCAGAUAACAGAGGAAAUAAACAGCGCCGAGGACGGUUCAGAUCUCAAGAUCAAGCUGCUGGCGAAAAAAGACAAGCUCUUGGCUGACGCUGAAAAGUUCAACCCAGAGGUGCUAUAUAAGGUACAAUUUGCUACCAACUCAUUGGAUGUGACCCAACCAGUCUACAGAAGAGCUUUGAAAGAGAAGUGGGAAUCGUACGCGAAGAUGUUGACGAUGCAGAGAUUGGAGACUCUUAAUGUCAUCCCAGAUACUCUGCCUACUUUGGAACCCGAAGUUGAUGUCAAGAUCAGAUUCGCUCACAAUGCCAUCGAGACGUACGUUGAGCCUGGAAAGAUUCUUUCUUCUAACGUUACAUCAAAACCUCCAGUUAUCGAAAUCACCGAGUUUGAGGAAGUGCAGCAUGAGCUGUACACCGUGUUGAUUGUGAACCCGGACAUCCCAGACAUUGAAAAUGAUACCUUUUCUACAACCCUCCACUGGGGUCUUAAGGAUAUCCCUCUCUCAAAUGUUGACAAUGUUAUAGAUCCCAAGAAGCUGUUGGAAGAUGAGACCAGAGAGUUAAUCAGCUAUCUCCCUCCGACCCCAGAAAAGAACGCCCCAACCAAUAGAUUGGCUGUGUGGGUUUUCCGCCAAAACGGAGUUCCUUUGGAGAAAGUUGAAGUAACCAGAGAAUUCUUCAACAUCAGAGAGUUUGUUGAACAGAACAACUUGCAAGCUGUUGGUGCCCAUGUAUUUAGAAGCACCUGGGACAGAAACGUGAACCGGGUUAGAGAGCUCUACGGCUUGCCAAAGGGCAGGAUAUUCCACAGAGUCCGUCGCUAA